AUGGUGAUCUUUCCUUGCAUUGCUGGUAAACUCAAUCAACUCUCGCCUUGCCUCCCUCCCACAGAGUUUGUCUCAUCGGGAUUACACGAGAAACGCCUGCUCAAAUACCUGUUCGACCCAACUCGUCCAGAUGCGCACAACCCGAUGGAGCGUCCCUCGGAAAUCGAUUCACAACGAUUGACUGUGAGCGUCAAAUUCUAUCUUAAUCAGGUUAUGGACGUGGACGAGAAAAAUCAAGUCCUCACAACAAUUAUCUGGAUGGAUAUGAGUUGGGACGAUUAUCAUUUCAAAUGGAACCCCCAGGAGUACGGGAACAUCACCGUGAUCAACUUGCCUUACACAGCUGUAUGGAGACCGGACAUUCUGUUGUACAAUUGUGCUGACGAAAAAUUCGACCGCACCUUUCCCACCAAUACCAUCAUGCAACACACGGGCAAUGUGCAGUGGAUGCCUCCUGGACUGUUUAAGUCCACCUGUAACAUUGAUAUUCUGUGGUUCCCGUUUGACGAACAGAACUGCAUGCUCAAAUUCGGCCGGCAGUCGUACAAUGGAGAUCAGGUCGAUUUCCGUUUGCAGUGUAUUGAUUCUUCUGUCCCAGACUGCUCAAUAAACGGAACAGUCGAUCUCUCAGAGUAUUCUGCAAAUGGAGAGUUUCACCUUAAAUCUGCAUCAGUUCGCCGUUUUGCUCAACGGUACGAAUGCUGUGAUUAUGACUUCAUAGAUAUCAAAAUGAACAUUCGCUUACAACGACGGGCUCUGUACUAUGUGUUCAACCUCAUUGUGCCUUGUCUCCUAAUCUCCGGUAUGUCAUUGAUGGUGUUCAUGCUUCCACCGGAUGCGGGAGAGAAAAUUUCCCUAGGUGUUACCAUUCUGCUUUCGCUCACCAUGUUCCUUCAGCUGGUAGCUGACAAACUGCCUCAAACUUCCGAAGCAAUACCACUCAUUGGUAUUUACUUCUCGUGUACAAUGGUUAUGUGUUCUUUAUCGAUCGUUUUCACCGUUCUCGUGCUCAACUACCAUCAUCGAUCAGCUGAUGUCGUGGCUGUUCCCUCUUGGAUACGAACAUUAGUCAACAACUACCUUGCCCGAAUGAUGUUCAUGGAAGCACCUAAUCGAUCUAGAAUUGUUGUGGAAGAUGACGCAGAAAGCGUGAACUCCGACAGUCAUUUGCUCAAACAAGACAUUUUCAAAGUGAACGCACGUGAUGAACUCGAGGAGAUCAACGGGGUGCUUGACAGUAGAUUUCAAAACCAGCUUAAAGUCGGUUGGAACAUUGCGAACACAAAUACUGUUUCGCCCAGUAAAACGGAUCCCGCACAGUUUAGGAGACGUCAGUGGCGUGAGGCUAGCAAUAUGGGCAAUGGGAAAACCUUCCCCGCCUACCAAGACAGACCUCCAAGUUUGGCACAACUACCACCGGAGCGUUCGUCACGAAGCCUUUUAGCAAACGUGUUGGACAUUGAAGAUGACUUUCGUGUGGCUGCCUUGUCCGCGUCCCCACCAGCAUAUCCCAUGAAUUCUAACAUGGCCGGUGCCUCUCCCGUCCAUCUAAAUGAGAGAAACGUUCCAAAGACCGACAUCUGGCCUCCGGAUAACCUGAGUCAACUGUCAGACAAUCAGAGAUCGGACGAUAGUUUUGUCGAAGCAGGGAAAUCACCGAUACCCACUGCAUUACUGAAUGCUUACCGAACAGAUUUGGAACAGAUUGUCACUGAAUUGCGUUUCAUUACGUCAAAAAUGCGGGACGACGAACAAGAAGCCCUGGUGAACCUGGAAUGGAAGUUUGCAGCCCGAGUAAUCGAUCGGUUCUGCCUGAUCGUGUUUGCCAUCUUCAAUCUGUUAGCUACCGUUGUCAUUCUGUUCUCUGCCCCCAAUCUUGUGGCCUCCUUCCAAACAGAGGACUCUAGAGUAUCAUCUGGUCUGACUCCACUGCAAGUGGGCCCCUGA